AUGUCUACCCAUCAGAAAGCCCUUGUCCUCCCUAUCAAACAAGGCACUUUUGAGUUACAUUCUGUUCCAAUUCCUACACCAGGUCCUGGACAACUCCUGGUGAGGAUGCAUGCCGUCGCUUUGAAUCCCGUGGAUUGGAAGGUCCAGGCGCGCGGCAUCUUAGUAGAAGAUUACCCCUUUAUUUUGGGUACAGACAACGCUGGCACUGUCGAAGUCAUUGGUGAAGAGGUGUAUGGUUUUUCAAAGGGUGAUAGGGUCUUCACACAAGGCACGUUUGAGAGCACUCAUGGCGGAUUCCAACAGUACGCGCUCUUCAAUGCUAGCGUUACUGCGAAGAUACCAGAAAAUCUGACCUUCGAACAAGCGGCAACCAUUCCGGUGGGCUUAGGAACUGCUGUCCUCGGACUCUAUACACCACGAACUCCUGAGGAUAUUGAAUGUGGAAGUGCCCAAUUGACUGCUCCAUGGGACUCAGACGGCCGCGGCAUUUAUGCAGGCAGGCCGUUCGUCGUGCUGGGCGCAUCGAGCUCUGUCGGACAAUAUGCGCUGCAGCUCGCUAGGUUGUCAGGAUUCUCUCCAAUCAUCGUCACUGCUUCUUUACACCAUACCGAUUAUCUCAAAUCUCUCGGUGCGACGCACGUCGUCGACCGUCAUCUCCCCUUCGAGGCUCUCCGCUCCAACCUUGCCGCGAUCACUUCGAAGCCCUUCGAGGUGAUCUUUGAUGCAGUCUCUCUGCCGGAUACGCAGAGCGUUGCGUACGACCUACUCGCCCCGGGAGGAUGUCUCGUUCUCGUGCUCUUUCCUGCCAUCACACUCAUCGCCAACAAACGCAUUGCAAAGGUAUUCGGGCAGGUGAAUUUCCCGCCUGAGAAUCUGGAAGUCGGUGUGAGUUUGUACAAGGUAUUACCCGAGCUACUGGCAGAGGGUGCCAUUCAGCCAAAUCGUGUCGAGGUCAUACCCGGAGGGCUGGGUGGCAUUAGAGCAGGACUAGACAGGCUGAAAAAUGACACCGUCAGCGGCGUAAAAUUGGUCGUACGCUCUCAGGAGACAGCUUAA